AUGAAAGAUGUUAUAAGUUUAGAGAAGGAAGUUGUUUCAUUAUAUAGUAAGACAAACAUUUUAAAAGAGGAGAAUCUAGAACUUCAAAAAUUGGUUUCUUUGCUGGAUGAUGACGAAGUAAUAACAUUUGAAGAUGGCAGAUACAGUGAUGACAUUCGAGAAACAAUAAUGAAACUUCUUUCAAUGAACGUGAGUACGAAUAGUGUCAAUGAAGUCAUAAAAGUAGUUUUAAACAAACUAGCCAAAAAGAACAUAUCUAGACUGCCAUCAGCCGCUGUAAAAUGUAGGUUAAUGCAGGAAGCUUCAAUUUUAGGUCAAUUUCAAGUUGCAGAAGCAAUGCUUGAAAAUAAUUUGAUAAAUAAAAACUCUAAAAUAGGCAAUUGUUUGCUUGGUGAUGGUACUCAGAAAUACCAUAAGCAUUAUCAAAACUUUCAAAUUACUACAACUAGUGGGAAAACUUUAUCUUUUGGUCUGUCAGAAGUGGUUGGCAAAGAUGCAGCAACUGUUUUGCAAAACUUUACUAAUAUAGUAGAUGACAUUUGUGACGUUUUUGUUAAUGGAAAAAUUUUUGAGGAUACCAAUCUUCUUCAUCAAGAUGUGGUUUACACCAAGCUGUUUGAAUGCACUCAAAAUGACGAGUUUGAUUCUUUAACUGUUCAUUCACUUGAAAUUAUUUUCCAUGCGAUUCUUGUUAUUUUGGAACGUCAGUGUGCUGAUCAAUUACCAGGUGGUAAAUAUUGGAAUCCAUCUAAUUCUGUUUCUGAAGCUGCUUCUAAUGUCCCUGUCACUAAUAAAGCAUCAGAAAGCGACUUUGCCAUUUUGGAUUUAAUGUUUCGCACAAAACCCAAUGCAAACGUUCAAACUAUCCAGGCUUUGACAAUGUGGUCUCAGAACCAAAUAUUCGAAUGGCUUAAUGGUAAAUCAGAUGAAGAAAGAAAACAAUUGCUUGAAUAUUCAAGAACUAAAGUAACAUUAAUGAAAAGCAAAUAUGAUGAAAGAAAAGAAGCUCUUAAAAAAGAUAAAGCUAUGCACCUUCUAGCAAAGCAAGAAGAAAAAAAUCGAGAAGAAAUUAAACUACAACAUAAAAAGGUUGCAGCUUGUAAUGAUUUGAUAAAUUUAAAUGUAAGGGCUUGGAUAUCAUUAGAGGAAGCAGAGAAAACAGUUUUUAAUAUAGAAGUUUUUUGUAAAACAAAGGUAGAAGGAAGCAAAAGAAUAAACUUGUCUUCAGAGGAAUUAUAUCAAAAUCUUCUUAUUGUUAUUCAAGCAAAUUUAACACCAAACAAACAAUCUUUAAGUAAUAAUAUAAGUAAUAAUUUAAAGCCUCGUACAUUGCGUGAUGCAGCUGUUGAAGACAAAAAAAAAGAAUUAAUGGAAAAAAUUCAGGAUGAAAGACUAAACAAAUUAAUAGAGCAACAAAAAAAGCACUCUUUAUCAAAAUUUAUUAACAAUCCAUCUGAUUUUGUAGGUUUUUCUAUACAACAUCGUGUUAGAGAAGAAGAUGCUCAUGAAGUAUCUUGGGAACGUGCGCAGGUGGUUCAAAUUGAUCAAUUAAACGGUAGAAGAACUACAUACCUUGUUAAGUAUGAUAAUGAACCUGAUGAAGUAUGGUCAUUUCCUUUAUUAAUAGAUUUUGAAAAAGGUGAUCUUAUUCUUUGUAGCUAGGAUUGCGAGGUUUUAUUUAAUGUAAAUUUAGAAUUAUGUUACAGUAUAUAUUAAUCUUAUUUCUUUUAUUGUUAUGUUCCAAUAGUUUUUUUUACUACAUUUGAGUUCAGUGGUUUUUAUCUUUGUAAAUAGUAUGAAUCAUAUCUGAUAUGUUUAUCUGCACCAA